AUGUCUUUCAUUACCCUUCGAUAUCGUCGCCGCCAGAGAACUCAAGCUAAUCGCCAACUUAGAUCCUCGGCAACCUCCAGCCCAGCUUCUUCACGUACAAGACGAACUGGUGCUGUUGCACCAGUCGCCACCAAUGGCACUUCAUCGGCAACAGUGCAACGUGGUUUAUCAAGUUCAGAUGAUCGGAGACAGAGUCUGAAGCUGACCGUCAAGGCUCCUCCAAGCAAGCUGCGAGAAGUCAUGCGUGCUAACGAAGUUGAGGCACUGCUUGACACUUUGGGAGGAGGAAAGGUCCUGGAUGGCCCACGAAGCAGUCGCAGGGCCGCGGCAGCUUCUCGACAAACUGCUCCACAGGCACAAAGACCAAGAUACGCCGAGUACGGGGAGAGCGAGAGCAGCGAUGACGAUGAUGAAGAGGAUGCAGAGGAUGAGGACGACCAAGAAGAGGAUGAGGAGGAAGAUGACGAUGAGGAAGAGGAAGAGCAGCCGAAUGACUUUGAUGAGCUCGGCGCUGAAGCAGAAGGUGGCACUGACGACGAAGAUGUUGAAAUGGAAGAUGCUCCCAACCCUGUCCCUCCACCAAGGCGUCAUGUUCCUCCCAAACCUCCAAAGAUCACUCUCAAGCCACCAGCCAAGACAGAUUCUCGUCAGCCUGCCAGACCAAAACUCAUAGUGACUCCUGCCAAAGUUGGUCCCGUCAAAGCAGUCGAAGAUCAAGAGAUGGAGGAUGAUCCUGAUGACGACGAGGUAGAAACCUCAUCCGAACUUAGCGACGACGAAGACGAGGAUACUUCAAAAGUGAACGACGAGGAUGCUGAAGGUGAGGACGAGGACGUGGAAGAUGAAGACGCCGUGGGAGAAGAGGAAGAGGGCGAGGGAGAAGAGGGAGAAGAAGGCGAAGAAGGAGACGACAACGACGACCUCAGUGACGAUAGUGACGAAACCCCUGGGUCCGGUACUGCCACCCCAGACAUAAAUAAACUAACCAAAAGACAACGCGGACGGCCUGAAGACCAAACACAGCUUAUGGCUUUAGAUAUGGCCCCCCAACAGCGAAAGUUCUUUACCGAUGCCGAGAAAGCAAUGAAGAAGGAUGAACAUGCAAGAAAGCGUAAGGAAUUAACAAAGCGUAAAGUUCAAGAAGAGAAGACUGCAGCUUUGAACAGACUGUUGAAGCCCCAAGUUUCAAAAGCCAGAGGAGCGGCACCCAAGCCAGAGACUCUAGCAGCGGCAGCGGCAGCUGCCGCCGCUGGCGUACCCUAUGAAGAAGAGGAAUACGUGCCACCAGCACAUCCAGUUUAUACCAGAUGGGUCAGCAACAAAGAUGGUUUCAAAGUCGGCGUACCAGAGGAGUGGUUGGGUAAACGAGUCGGCAACUAUUUCGGUCCCCCUCUAACCCCGCGCAACGGGCCUCUCGUCCAGGAAGUGGAUUGA